GUUGAGUAUAAUUGCCCAUUUGGAUGUUAAAAAAAAGGGUAGUGGGAUUUUGUCACUGGGAUUUUCUCUGUUAGGACAAACAGUUUCUGUUGUGAAUGCAGAGAACUGAUGCCAAGAGCUGUCUGCUUUAAGAGUGAGAUUUUUGGAAGGUCUCUCAUGACAGAUGUGUCCUAAUUAAGUGAUCCAGAGAGAGGAGAUGACAGCUGAGCGGGUUGACAAUCUGCUGCUCUUGGACACAGAUGCUGUCAACUCUUCCCUCGCCUCAGUGCCCAUAAAGCAAGAUGAGCCGGCCCAUGCCCCGGACAACCAGACAGACGACAGCGUCAGUCCAGUCCCUGAUCAACAGCCUGAUCCAGCCUCAGAAAGCCAGGGCAGGGCCAUGGAAAUCCAUAGUCCAAACAUUCACGGGGAAACAGAAAACGAGAGUGGUUUAGUCUUAACGCAUCCCCUGGAUCACACUGCACUGAUUGAACAGAAAAUAAAUCAUCCAAAUGCUGAUAAAAGCAAUAAUUGUGACUUUGAUACUGGUGUUGUAAUGGAGACUGACAAUAUUACGAACAGCACUGACAACCCUGACCCAAUUCACCUUAUGGACGUGGACAAUAUGAUAGACAGAAAUCAAAAUAACAAACAAAGUGAUUUAAAAACUAUAGAGGAUCCAAAUGAGGCUCAUGGCACUUUAAUGAGUCCAGAAGUUCCAUCAUUAACAGAACACAACAGACAAGAAGAAAUGAGCCAAUACACCAUUUUAAACCAAUAUUCCUCCUCUGAGAGUGUUGGACUUGAGGUUAGCCAAAUGGCUAAUGAUGACGAUCCCCUGGUAAAUACUGUCUCUGAUGUAAUGAAUAGUGAGAAAAACCAUGAACAACCAUUUUCGAUAGCAAACAAUGAGACUGAUGCGACUUCCCCUGAAUCAUUCAUCCAGACCUGCGGGGAUACACCUGAAGGUGUUUAUGUAGCAGUGGAAGCAGUGACUGCCUAUAACACUGACCCAGAAAUACAUGACAUUGCAGGGCACUUGACGUGUGCUGGCUUCACAACUUCCCAGACACCAAAGAUAGAAGAUCCGAAGACUGACGAUCCUAUAUGUUUGGCCGAUUUGCACAAAGCAGAUAUCUUAACACAUGCCUCCACAUUAUUAGAUUCUUUGGGGAUGAGCAACGUAUUAGAAACAGCUGACAUGCCUGCCAAUGACAGUGAGAUCAUUCAGACUGUAAAUAAAGACUCGGCUUCCUCAAAUGGUGAGUUUUGCACUGCCGUUUUUACCCAGACGGUUCAGAACCUUCGACAGGUUUCAGAACAUGAUGUAACGGAUUUGGAAUCCAACAGAACUGAUGAUUCCAUGCUUGAUAGAAUGAUAGAUACAAAAUUCUCAUUUGAAGUCAGUAGAGUGCAACCAUUGGUGGCUUGUAGCCAUGAUACGGGUGCGACAAUAGGUAAUAAUGAGUCAUUUUCCCCCCAAUCCAUACUUGAAACACCACAGAUUGGUGAAAAACAUGAGAAGGAUCUCUCACAGGUGGUCCCUAACCCAACACCUGUCACGAAUGGAGAUUUAGGUAAAUGUUCUGAGGAGACCGGGGGCGGUUGCUUAAAGUUCACAGGAAUGGAACGUGAUGUUAAGGCUGGUAGUGAGUUGUGGCUGGACGCUUGCCAGUUCUUGGCAGGUGAAGAGGAUGAGGGUGCUAUUUUUGACAAGUGGGGUCGUUCGUGCUCUCCCAGCCCCCUUACGGCCCAUUCAGACAACACAAAAGCCUCAGAUUACUCCAGGAGAGAGAACAUUUCAAUUGACCACCAUGCUGAGGAUUUGGAGCUGAGGUUUAAACCUGUUGAGAGGUGGUCGUCCUCAGACAGCUGGGCUAGCGCUCUUUCAGACUGGUUCCAGGCAGUUAACACCUAUCCGGAAGACUUGAGUGCUAACACUUCAGGCUCUGGUUCUAAGCAUAGUAUGGCAAUCCAGGACAAGAUUUUGGAGCAAAGGACAGGUCCAGAUAAUGCAAACAACACUGGACAGACUUGUCUGUCUCUGAACCUCCUAGAACCAGAAGAACCAGGUCAAGCCUCAAGCAGAGGACAAGUCCAGUCUGAUAACACUAAUGGAACUAAAGGAGAUAAAGACGGACUUCCUUCACAUUCAGACGCAGACAGUCGGGACAAUACAAUGAUGGAGAACAACAUGAGUUUGUUGGAGACUUUGGUUAAAUCUGAAUCCCUUAAACCAGAUGAGAAUGCAGCCAUUGAUACGUUUAAUGGAUCAAAGUCAUGUAUGUCUUCUGCAAAUGAGUUCAACCCCAAACAAUAUGGAAGUCAGCACAUCUCAGUUAACACAUAUCUGGAAGACUUGAGUGCUAACAUUUCAAGCUCUGGUUCUAAGCAUAGUAUGGCAAUCCAGGACAAGAUUUUGGAGCAAAGGACAGGUCCAGAUAAUGCAAACAACACUGGACAGACUUGUCUGUCUCUGAACGUCCUAGAACCAGAAGAACCAGGUCAAGCCUCAAGCAGAGGGCAAGUCCUGUCUGAUAACACUAAUGGAACUAAAGGAGAUAAAGAUGGACUUCCUUCACAUUCAGAUGCAGACAGUCGGGACAAUACAACGAUGGAGAACAACAUGAGUUUGUUGGAGACUUUGGUUAAAUCCGAAUCUCUUAAACCAGAUAAGAAUGCAGCCAUUGAUACGUUUAAUGCAUCAAAGUCGUGUAUGUCUUCUGCAAAUGAGUUCAACCCCAAACAAUAUGGAAGUCAGCACAUCUCUGGAGAGCUUUGGAGUGCAAAGUCGGAGGGAAAUAAGUUGGUGGAGGUAACUGGAGACAAAAUUUCUGUACUUGGGUUGGUCUUCGAAGAGGAACGUCAAAGCAGCUUUUCUUCUCUGAAGAUCUCAGCUUACACCAGCAACAAGAAUUUAACUGGCUGUGUGAGUGGCGAGGAGCGGCGUCACGGCUCCAAUGUGAAUCACCACACAUGUCUCUCUCAAUCGGACGUUCACGUGUCUUCUGAGGCGGGAUGUGCUGAAGGUAAUGGAUCGUUUGUGCAUUCUAACUCUGAGGACUGUACAGUGAAGCCAAGAGAAGAGGAAAGAAGUACAAUUCCAGGAUUUAUUAUGCCGUUUGCUCCACUCUGUACUGGAAAUAAUUUCCUCAAUCAUAGUUUAUUGAGAGAGGACAGUCCACGAGCUGAUCUAGAUCUUUCUCAUAAAGGGAUUGUUGAUGAUCCUUCCAUCAAGGAUACUCAUAGAAAAUCAGAGUACAGUGAUACCUGUGACAUCAGCAAAGAGCUUUCUAAGUUACUUUUACUCACAGGAGAGCAUUUUAUGGUGUCUGAGGACAAACGUGUUGCAUAUGUUACUCUAGACUUGGAGGAACCCAGAAAUUUGAGUCUUUGUUCUUUGUCAAACUGUGAGGAACUACCUAAAACAGACAAUAUGCCUCACAAGACCUCCAAGACUUCCUCAGAUGGUAAAACACACUCUAAACAUAAGGAGAAACUGGCUGAAAAGCAGCAACAUGGGAUUCAAACAUUAAAAAAGCAAGAUCUUCAGUUUUCAUCCCAGGUGAAGGACGAAUUCAACUCAGAAGGAGCUGGUUGUGAAGAUUGUCCGGUUACUGUCAUUGAAACUAUCGUCAUCACAGAGAAGACGGUUCCUAAAGUCCAAGUGAAAAAGAAAAAGAAGCUUGUGCAACAUGGGAUGUCAAAACCCGAGAACGAUCCACCAACUAACAUAGUGAGCAGGAGCGCUCAGAAGAGCACAAUUGGCAAGACGGAGAACCUUAAUGUGAAGAUGGCAUCAAAUGGUCUGGAUAAACCAGCAUAUCAUCUUCCCACCAAAAUGGACAUUACUAACAAAGAUAGCACUCAAAUAGUCAUGUCAGUGAGACCCAAAGUAGAACCCAGUGGGGCCAAGAUGGACCCUGCCAGCGUAAAUACCACUCAGAAAGCUGUCCCUAUAAAACUCAAAGCAGAUGCCAGUAACACAGCCAAGAUGGAAAAUAAGACGUGCACAUCAGAUUCUCCUAGCGAGUGUUUACCCAACAUGCCGAGUGACGACAUAAAGCGCAGGCGAAUUGCAGACGUGUCUGGAGCAGUUCCGAUAAGGACGAGGCCACAGCUGCCUGCAAUUUUCCGCCAAGCAAGAAAAGAUGGAGAAGAUGUGACCCGAAAAGCUUACAGUGAGGUUGUCAAGCAGAAGAUUCCAAAACCCAAAGAAGUUGUGGUUCCUUGUGUAGUGUCAGAGAUCCAGGCUGACCCUGUCCCUGCUGACCCCCAAAACAUCUUACUUUGGUGCCAGUUCAGCCCCAUCCCACCUGAUGCCACCAUUAAGUGGACUAAAGAGGGAAGAGUGCUGUCAGAGAUAAACAAAGUAGAGAAGGAUGACGGCCGCUUCACCCUGACAAUCCUAGAGGCUUGCAGUAAAGAUUUAGGGCUGUACAAAUGCAGUCUGAAUGCUGCCAACAUUUCUGUUUCAACCUCAGAGUACCAUCUCACGUCUGAGGUGCUUAUGGAACUAGUCAUUCCGAGUCAUGAUAAACCAGCUGAGCCCAGGGUAAUGGACGGGGAUGAGGAGAACAUCCAGUGCAGCCCGCUUUUAUUUAAGGAGGAUUUUCUCGCAGAUCAGUACUUUGGAGAGAAUCAACCCGCUAGCAUAGUGACUGAGAAGGUCCACUUCGGUGAAGGCAUGCACCGCAAGGCUUUCAGGACCACUCUUAGAGAAUGCAAUCUGCCACGAUUCAACCCUGGCCAUCCCUGCGUCCUGAAAGUCCACAACGGCAUCAGCUAUGGGAUUAAAAAUAAUGAGGAGCUUGUCCAGAAGAACUACAGCCUGGCUGUGGAGGAAUGUCAUGUGCAGAACACCGCCAGGGAAUAUAUUAAAGCGUACAAUAGUGUGGCCAAGUCUGCUGAAUCAUUUGGAGAGGUGCCAGAAAUCAUCCCUAUUUAUUUGGUGCACCGGCCAUCUAACGAAAUCCCUUACGCCACGCUAGAGGAGGAGCUGCUGGGAGACUUCGUGAAGUAUUCUGUGAAGGACGGGAAGGAGAUCAACCUGAUGCGCAGAGACUCUGAGGCGGGACAGAAAUGCUGUGCCUUUCAGCACUGGGUCUACACACAGACAGAGGGCAAUCUGCUGGUCACUGAUAUGCAGGGUGUCGGUAUGAAACUAACAGAUGUUGGGAUUGCCACCGGUAAAAAAGGCUAUAAGGGAUUCAAGGGAAACUGUGCCACGUCCUUUAUUGAUCAGUUCAAAGCUCUGCAUCAGUGUAACAGGUACUGUGAGCUACUGGGCCUGACGUCACUCCAACCCAAGCCAAAACGGACCGUUGUCCCCCCAAAGCCAAAAACACAACCCUUGACAAAGAAAAAAACCUUCGGCCCUGUUCUGAAUGGCAAAUCCUGAUUAGACAGCAGCCCUGAAGAUUUGCUUAUAGGAUAAAUAGUUUGCAGGUUUUAUCAAUGAAGUCUUUCUUAGGGACAAACGUGUUUCUGAGAUGUUUCUUUAAAUGUAAGAUGACAUUCAUCUGUAAGGACAGUAGGGAGGUUAUUUCUUUCUUGAGAGUUCUUUUGUGCUAUUUUUAAUUAGCGUAUUACUGAUUUUAUUGAUUUUUUAAAAUGUUUUUAAGGAGUAAGUGGAUUGUGACAGAAUUGAUUUUUAUUUUUUAAUGUAAUAUUUUUGUUAAAACCAAAGAAAUAUAGGAAGUUAUCAGCC